UUGUCAAUGUCAAAACAUGAAAUUUCUUCUUUUCUUAUUAAUGUUAUUAAUUAAAUCAUCGAAAGGAGCCUCUCAUUUUCGAUUAACACUGUAUCACAACACCGAUAUGUAUUCGCAUUUCGAAGAAACGUUCGAUUAUAAAAUGAAUAAAAUGAUCGGGGGAUUUUCUCGGCUAGAAAAGAUACUGAAAAUGGCUCGAAAAAACGAUAAAAACAACGUCCUCUUUUUAAACGCGGGAAAUACGUUCGGAGGAACUUACCUUUAUCACGUUCAUGGGUGGAAAAUCGUUUCAAAAAUGUUAAAAAUCUUAGAACCAGACGCCAUCGUAAGUAUUUAUUAUUUCCCAACGAAUUCGUUUUAAACAAAUUACUUUUAAGACGUUAGGAAGCCAAGAAUUCGUCGACGGGUUAAACAAUUUAGAGCAAUUUUUACAAGACAUCGAUUUCCCAAUCGUAUCAUGCAACAUCGUCCCAAAAGUGGGUUCAAUUUUCGAAAAGAAGGUGAAACCCUCCAUGAUUUUAAACAUCUCAAACGUCGAAAUUGGUUUAAUUGGGUACACCGGAAAAGACACAGCGACGAAAUACCCCGUUGGAGAUUUAGAAUUUAAAGAUGAAUUAGAAUCGGUUAAAAGCGAAUGCAAAAAAUUAACCGAAAAAAACGUUAAAAUUAUAAUCGCUUUAGGAAAUGCGAAUCUCGAAACGGAUUUAUCCAUAGCAAAAGAAGCCGAUUGCGUCGACGUUUUAAUCGGAGGCGAUUCAAGUCUAUUUUUAUGGAACGAUAAUCCCAACAAACUCUUAGAAGAUAAUCCAUCAUCAACGUACCCCUUAAUAAUCCAAAACGAUAAAGGAAAAAUCAUCCCAAUUCUCGAAGGAUUCUCCAAAACCCGAUACAUAGGAAAAAUCGAUUUAAAAUUCGACAUCGACGGCGAUUUAAUCGAUUACAAGGGGAAUCCCAUGUUACUCGACGCAAUUAUCCCAAGAUCCGGAGUUGCAGAUAAAAUUUUACUCAAUUUUACCGCAAGUUAUGAAGGUAAAGGUAACGAUAACGAUAUUUUAGGCGAAGUUCCCGUUUAUUUAAGUGCUUCGAAAUGUCGCGAACGCGAGUGUAAUAUUGGAAAUAUGAUAGCGGAUGCGUUAAUUCAUUACAAAGCGACGAAAUACAAAGGAAAAUAUUGGACCGAUACUCCAAUUGCGAUUUUUAACGCGGGAUCGAUUCGUAAAUCGAUUAAUACUACAAAACGGGAUCAUAAAAUUACCCAAAAAGAUUUGUUGGAGGCUUUACCGUUUCAUGAACCUUUAAUAACCGUCGUUUUGGAUGGACGAGAUUUGAAACAUACUUUAGAAGUUGGGGCUAGAUAUAAUGGUGAGACGAAACGUGGAGAAUUUUUAAUGGUUUCCGGUUUAAAAGUGAUUUAUGAUUUUCAUCGGCCCCCUUAUUCGAGGGUUUUGAGUGUUUCGUGUCGUUGUGGAAAUUGUAAAACACCGAGUUAUUCACCGAUCGUUUAUAACGAGUACUAUAGAAUUGUCACGACUGUUUUUUUGGCGAAUGGAGGCGAUGGACAUACUGUUAUAAGGAGUGCUUCGCUUAGUUUUGUCUUGGAAGGUGUCACCGAUUUGGUAGCGACUAAAAAUUAUUUACUAUCGCAGGGUAAAAUUCGACCGGAAUGCGAUGAUAGAAUCGUUCAUAUGAGGUUUAUGCCGACGACGUCAGGAAAAUUAAAUGUUUAUAAUCAUCAAGAUUGCAUCAUUUCAUUUUUUAUUAUUAGCCUAAUUUAUCUUAUCUCUCAAUGAAAUAUAAAUACGUUAAUUCGAAAGUUACUAAUAAAUUCCGGUUGCAAUGUCAAA